AUGGUUUCUCCGCCUACUGAAGAAAUUAUGCGUAAAAGGCUUAUGAGUGUUAAUUCUACCCAAGAAUCAGUCCAAACUUGUUCAAAAUGGUUGCUUCAUCAUAGAGAAUCUAUUGAUAAGAUAGCCAACUGUUGGAUGGAUAUUUACAAACAAAGUAUAAUAUUUAAGGGUUUUGGGUUGAGAAGCUAUUUAAAAUUAAUUUUGGAUAUUUGGAUGAAUUGUCCACAAAAAACUUGCGGACAAUUUUUUGCGGACAAAAUUUUUAUGAUUCAUAUUUUUAGUGUAGGGAUGGGUUUAGUUAAGAGAAAAGUCGAAGCGUAUUCUGCAAACGAUAAACUCCGCAUUGCUCUAAUUUAUGUGCUUAAUGAUGUUGUACAAAAAGCGGCUUGUAAACGUGACAUUAAUGUUACUUUAACCUUUCAUCCUCAUCUAAUUAAUGCAACAACUAUUUCUAGUGUAACUGUUAAAAAGGCCAUUUCCCGUUGUGUUGAAGUAUUUGGAGAAAGAAAUGUUUAUCCAGCUCAUAUAAUUGAGGAAAUGAAGACGGCAUUGGUUAGUAGAAUAGCAACAGAAAAAGACGAAUCUCAAAAUGCUACUGAAAUAAUUGAUUUUCAAAAAAUAAUUAGAGCAAUUGAAAGUUUUUACAAGAAUGAAAUGUUGACAGAAAAGGCUAGAGAAAUUUUGUCUCGAAGUUCUUUUAAUUUUAAAGAAUCUGUUCAAGGAAGGGUUAAAGGUUUUCUUUUUAUUAUUAAUUUAAUUUUUGGCAUAUUUGGGCUUCUCAUAUCGUUUGGGCCUGCUUUUGAGGCAUCUCAUUGUUUUAGGCUUAUAAAAUAUUAA